AUGAGGCUGAGGGGUCCGUGGGGGGUUUUUGGUAGGGUUGGGGGGGCAGAGUUGUUUGUCCAGAGGCAGGGGGCCGAGGUCAACAGCAAGCGGCCCUCCACGCUGUCUCUCCGUGGACUGUUUGUCUGCAAUUCAGACCCUCACCCUGCGUAUGUGUAUGUGAAAGAAGCUGUUCAGGCACGGAUCUGGGCCUGGAUGCUCUCGAUGCCUUACAGCCCACCAGAAGAAGGACGUGUGGGGCUUAGAGACAGAGAGACAGAGACACAGCCAGCCAGCCAGAAGGGGGAUAUGGUGGCGUGUGAACAUGAUCGAGCGUGUGGAAAGGGUUUCUCCUGUGAUCGUCAUUUUGGCCUGUGUGUUCCCCUUAGACAAGAAGGGAAAUAUUGCAGGAGAGACGCUCAAUGUGUGCGGGGACUCAGCUGCAUGUUUGGCAAAUGCAUGCGCAGCAUCCCAGAGGGACAAGAGGGCGCUCGGUGUAAAGUAGAUAAAGACUGCGGGUCUUCGAUGUGCUGCGCUCGCCAUCAUGGUGAGAUGGUGUGUAAACGCCGGCUGGCGCUGGGAGAGAGCUGCUUUGUGCCAGACGGAGGACUGGCCUUCAGUAUCAACCAGAUCUGCCCGUGUGAUGAAGGUCUGCUGUGUCGAGGAAAUGGACGACCACAAAAAAGAGAGACAGAAUUUGUGUAUCAGUCUGACUCAUCCAGCUGGACCUGCCAAGUUCCCAAGCUCUAA